AUGAAGAACCUCGUGGUUGUACAAUUCUUCGUAAUCGUUCUUCUCCUCACAUCUUCAUUUUUCGAACUUUCAAGCGCUGAUUCGCCAGCAGCAUGUGGUGGAAAAUGCAAUGUGAGAUGCGCAAAGGCAAGUCAACAUGAAGAGUGCCUAAAGUAUUGCAAUAUAUGUUGUGGGAAGUGCAAUUGUGUUCCCUCGGGCACUUUCGGGAACAAAGACGAAUGUCCUUGCUACCGCGAUAUGAGAAACUCCAAAGGCGGAUCCAAGUGUCCUUAG